UCUUGUGUGUUUACUCCAGCCUGCCUGCAUGUAGCUUUAAUUAACACUGUUUGCUAAACAACUUGGAAGACGGCUGCUCUCUCCUGUUUCUCUCCCCCCCCCCUCCGUCAUCCUUCCUUCCUUCGGCCAGGACCGAGCCGAAACAAGACCAAAAAAAAAAAAAAAAAAACAACAAAACGGGGAAUGCGCGCUUGCUUUUUCGGACCGCUGCAACUCGGACGCCACCCUCGAGCCUGCGGUGAGCGGAGCCGCUGCAGAAAUGUGGGGUGGUGAUGCUCAGCAGCUGUAGCCUCCGCUAUGGACAUCGGUGAGGGAGGAGGAGGAGGAGGAGGAGGGGACGGAGGGGGAGGAGCGGACAGAGAUGCGGACCUCGGUCCCCGGGCUUUAUGUCGCCCUCUCCUGUCCCCGGCAUCCGUCCCCGAGCAGGGGUCGGCCUCUCGUACCUCCGCCGGGGCUCCUUCCAAAGAGCUCGCGACUCCGCGUGAGAAGCAGGGUGAGGUGGGCGCCGAGGGGUCCCGGGCCGGAGGAGAGAUCCAGGCAGGAGGGGGGCGGAAGGACGGACGCUGUCACGCACGUCAGGACGACGGGGCGUGCCAAAAGCGGUGGAUGAAAGAGAUCUUCUGGGAGGGAAAUCCGUCAGAAACGGCGGGUGUCUCAAAAUCCGUCGGCGGCGUCAGAGGAGGGGAGGAGAAAGAAGAGGAGGAGGCCAUCUCAAACCAAAGCCAAACCAAAUCCAAAUGUUCUUUAUUACCUCAACAGAGCCAGCAAAGCGCUUCUUCCAGCACGGCGAAGGCCAGUGGCACGCUCGACCGCAAAACAGCCGCCUCUCCAAAGUCCUCCCAGACUCCCCCCGCGUCUCCAAAAGCCUCCUCUUUUCUUUCCACCUCUCCAAAGCACUUCACCUGUCCCUCUUACACUUCUGCCCUGCUGAGCGACACAGAGGCAAAAGACCUAACAGGAGAUCAGGGCUGGAUUUCGAGGUUUCCUCAGAGCUUUAAAUCCCAGCAGUCGGCUCUGGCUUUCCCACUGGCAGGUGUGGAGGGAGCCAGUGCGCCUGCCGAGGACGACGGGCCGCCAGGGGUUCCUCACUCUUCCAUUUCCAACGGAAAUGGUGCCAAAGCUCCGGAACCAAAAGACAGCCCGCUUGAGACGGAUAUGGACGAGGAGCGAGACCACGAAGUGGAAGAGAAGGGAGCUGUCCCCAAAAACCUUAACCAAGAGCUCUCCCCAAAUUCGCUGACGAAUCACAUGACUGUCAUGCACUCGCGCAAUUCCUGCAAGACGCUGAAGUGCCCCAAGUGCAACUGGCACUACAAGUCUCAGCAUACGCUGCAACUCCACAUGAAAGAGAAACACCCCGAGCCAGGCGGCCAGUGUGUGUGCGGCACCUCCGGCAGGAAGUGCGUUUGCGGCAAUUCGACACGGGGCGCGUGCGGCUACUGCAGUUCAGGGAAACCCCAUCCCCGCUUGGCCCGGGGCGAAACCUACGCCUGUGGCUACAAGCCCUACCGCUGUGAGGUGUGCGACUACGCGACUUCUUCGAAAGGCAACCUCAGCAUACACAUGCAGUCGGAUAAACACCUCAACAAUGUGCAAAAUGGGGGGCACGCCAGUGGCCAGAUGCACACUUCGCACGUUAGUACCAACAACAGUAGCUCCUCGAACGGGGCAACGCUCGACGAGCAAACUUACAAGCACUCUCUUUCGAUCCCCGCAUCCGCCGCUCAGCCGGCCAAGCUGACGCUACCGGCGCAGUCUCCCUCGCACGGCAAGCGGUGGCGCUGUGACGUCUGCGACUACGAAACCAGCAUCGCCCGCAACCUGCGCAUACACACCACCAGUGAGAAACACACACAUAACAUGCUGAGGCUGCAGAGGGGCUACUACCUGUCCCACUGCAGGGGCCUUAGUCCCCAUCUGAAACAGUUACAGAACGCAGGUGGAGAGCUGUCCCUGAACAUGAGACUGACCACGGAACAAAUCGGAGAACAGCCCGUCAGCCUCGGUUCUACGCUGACUCCUUCCCCGUCGCCUUCGCCCUCACCCCCGCCAGCCUUGUCUUUGUCUCCCACCGGACCACUCUCCCAGGGUGUGUUCCAGUGCCUGGUCUGCUCCUGCUUUUCGUCCGAUAGCUUAGAAUCGGUGGAGCAGCACCUGAACGCCCCUCGCUCCCUGCCCCAGUCCGAAUGGUGCUCCCUGGUCGCCGGCGGCUGCCACUGCAGGCUCUGCGGCUACACCACCCCGCUGAGGGCCAACUUCUCCUUGCACUGCCAGACUGACAGGCACAGAACCCGCUACCAGCUCGCGGCUCACGUUCAAGAAGGGGGUGACCGGGGUCAGGAAGGCGCCGCCUUGAUAGCUAAGGGCAACCCUAUUCAGCUGAGGUGCAACCUGUGCGAAUACGCAACGGGCAGUUUGGAGAAGCUACAAGGACAUUCCCGGAGUUCCCACCACGAGUCCAGUGUUCGGGUUUACAGAUUCCUGCAGCAGUACGAUGGCGAGGUCGAUGGUGGUUUGAGUCUGUUCCAUUGUCUCCUAUGCAACCACUCUUCGUCCUCCAAGCUUCAAGUUCUGAAACACAGUCAAACGCCGACUCAUCAGCAGAGGGAGGGGCUGCUGCAGCUACAGCCGAUGGGGGGAGAGGAGCUGGCAGCCAUUUUCACCAUCACAAAAAACCCCGAUGGGGUCACAGGAGAACUUAAUGAGGAUGUGGAAAAUUGCGGCGAGGUCCUAACUGGCCCUUCGGAGCAAACCAAAGACAACUUGGGGGUUAAGCAGAGUCAUAAUGAGACAGAAAAUGUGGCCGAGGAGGGAGACAAGAGGGAGUCGUUCAAGCGUCAGGCAACUGGACGUGGGGAAAUGGAAAACUCCAACACAACCAAACGACCACGAACACACCAGCAAGGCGAGAACCGGCAGACUGUCCAGUGCCCUUUGUGCCAAGCUCAAAUUCCGUACGCACGCCUUCGACCGCAUCUCACGCACGUGCACAGCGUGGCACAGGACUGCGUAGAUAAGCUCAUCGGCGCAGUCGCACCGUCCAUGGAGCAAGUUCAGCCUCAGCGGGAGAUUGAACUCCCAUCUGACCUGUGCACGGAUGAUACACUGAAAAGUCAAAACGUGAAAAAUAGCCAGUCACGUGCUUUUCAUACGAUGGAUUCCAUGACCUCAGCUGAGUCCCCGAAAAAGAAAAACGUUCCAGGAGAGAACACGGAGGGAAAUGUAGCCGCACCCAAAGAUGUUACAGCUCUGCUCACCCCACCUCUUGAAGACAACGCCACUCACCCUUCCAACGGAAGACUGGCUCCUCAAUCUCUGACUCACACACCUCCCUCCUCCCCGACCGCCGACCUCCCUCUGCUUUCCGAUCGCCAUGGUUACCGGUUCCGUUGCAGCAGGUGCAGCUUGGCGUUCCCCACUCAGGAGAAGCUCCAGCUUCACUGGCAGUACCACGCCAUGAGGGCGGCAACAGAAUGCCCGCUCUGCUCCAGACAGUGUCGCAGUCAGGAGGCCCUGCAGAGACACAUGCAGAAUACACACUCGCAGCCGGAUAACGGUGCAGCCUCACUGCCUCAUCUGACGCAAUACGUAGAGCACAGUAAGAGCUCAUUCCAACAAGACGUCAGUCUAUCGCCCCAACUUGCCCAAGAAGCCGGUGAGGAUGACGAGAUGGAAGAAGAACUGCAAGAAGAGGAAGAAGGAAAGGAACACAGAGAGGCGUGGAAAACUAAAGACAAAGACCUAACUGGUGAAACUGGCGGGGGUGACGACCAAUUAACCGAACCGGAAAAAGUACUGAAUGAUGGAAUUUCAUCAGAGCCCAGUUCCAUUUCUCUGACCAAAAAGAGCUGUAACCCAACAAUGGACCGAUAUUUGGAUCCAGCAAGGCCGUACAAGUGCACUGUGUGUUCUGAAUCUUUUACCCAGAAGACAAUUCUUCUGGUUCACUACAAUUCAGUGUCCCAUCUCCACCGAGCCAGGCGAGCCCUGCAGGAAUCGAACACAAAUAUCUCUGCCCCAGAGGCUCCCCGUGGCCAAGAUCCUCGACCCUACCGAUGCAGGCUGUGUGGCGUGGGCUACAGCCAGAGCUCCACGUUGGACAUACAUCUACGCUCAGUUCUUCACCAAACGAGAGCUCGUGCUGCGCAGAACCAAGGUACACAAACACCAGUGUCUAGUGGAGCUACUCCAGUAUCUGCCACGACCACAGCUUCUACUACUACUCAGUCUCCUAUUACUGGUAAGGAGGUGUGUAGUUUGCCUUUAACCAAGAAGCCAGAUGCAACUACUACUACUACUACUACUACUACUACUAGUACAACAUCGGGAUCAGUUACUGAGUUCCAAUCGAGUGUCUCAACCGAUUGUCACCAGGCUAAAAAGAGAGUUGCAGAACUGAUAGCAUCAAGAAACCAGCUACUACUAAUUCAACAGCAGCAUUUGGCCCAGGCACAGGCCCAAGCCCAGUUACAACACACAGCACUGCUCCAGGCCCAAGCGAUGCAGCAUCUCCCUCUCGGACCAGAGAGUCUCUUUCAGCACUUCUCUUUGGCACCGGACAACUUGCUGUCUCUGCAGCAACAACUUCUUCUGCCAUUUUACUUUCCGGGAGACGUGAAACUUAACACAGAGUUGGCAAUAAGGCGCUUGGAACAAACCCAAUCUGAGUCAGCCAAGUCUAUCCCGAGUGAACAGAUUAAUGGAGAGGCCAAAAGAGAGAACAACCCUCAAACAGAUGAAAAACACAUUCAGAAUCAAUUUUCAUCCCCAGAUGACAUCCAAACAAAAGAUAUGACAUUUGACGCUCAAGUUGAAUACGGCCUUGAAUCCUCCAGCAGCCCAAAAGAAAAAGAAUGCAUCAGAAGUCUUAUUGACGAAAAGGAAAUCUCUCCUCCUGUUGUUAAAAAUGAGUCUCAAACACAGGAAAAUGAUUCAUCCACAGUUCAAGUCUCAAAAUCACAGUGCCCUCCACCAAGAGUCCCAUAUGCUGCUGUGAACGGGGAAGCUCUUAGGACUUUGUUGCAGAGUUAUGGCUAUGAGUUAGCGUUACAGUAUAUACAAAGUAGACACAGGCACCAGCAGCAGAUUGCAACCCAAAUGCUAAAUAUGAGAAACGAAUCUUCGGAUGUUCACAAAGUGGAAAUAUAUUCGGGGGAAGAAAAAAAUCCAACUGGAGCGUUUGGGGGAAGGCCGCAAAGCUGUAAUGCGGAUAUCAAAAAUGAAGUUGAAGACGUGCAGCGUUUCCAAGGGGAACAUAAUCGAGGCACAUGUGAUGAGAUUGAUGAACAGGCAAACAAAGAGAGAGACUGCUGCGGAAGAGGAAAGAAGUGUAGCGAUUGUGGGAAGUUUUUUUCAGAUGCCAUGAUUUUAAAAAGUCACCAGGAAUACAUUCACAGACAAGUGCUUCCCACUGCCGCGCUAGAGCGGUUUUCCAGAGAAUACCGACUACAAUACGAUCAAUUGUACCCCCUGAAUGAGAAAAAAUCUGGAGAGGAUUCAUCUCAGAGUACACAAUUUACAAUUCCGGCGACAUCCUCAGAAUCAGAACUCGUAUCUGAAGCUGAUAAAUCUCAACUCAAGACAAACAAACCUCUGUCCUCAUGUUUGGAGACUGAUAAAAAACCAUGCGCUACAGCUGAAGACCUAACAACUGCCUCUGAACCCUCUACUGCACAGUCUUCUUCUCAACCUCAAAUACAUCCCCAAAGAGAGGUACCCCUUACAAGCACUUCAUCAACUGUCACUUCUCAAAACACAUCACCAGUGAUUUCCAUGUCUGUUCCCUUACCAAAACUACCUAUGCUUCCUCUGUCCCAGCUUUCUAUUCCCCCAUUGACUUUACCAAAGCUUCCCUUACCCCCAAUUCCUUUUCCGAUGGACCUACCGCUCAUUCCUCCAGUAGUGAUGCAGUCUGUGGGUCUGCAGCCCCAAACUUGGUUAGACUCGAGUGUGAACCCAGAGCUGGCAAAACUCUACCAGUCUCAACUGCUUAGGCAACAGGCAUCUAUUAGUUCAGCAGUGAUUUCACAACCAUCUCAGCUAAGCCCAGCACUGCUCAGCCAGCCUGCUGAAGUUAAUACUUCGCUGCUGAAUCAACCAGUUCAGAGCAGCUCCGUUCCGACAGGAGGGCACAAACCCCAAGUCAGCCCAACGUUACUGGAGCAACAGCAAAGCAAGAGAACCCGCACUCGAAUCUCUGAGGAACAGCUGGCUAUUCUGAGAAAACACUUUGACAUCAACAGUCUCCCUAGCGACGAUGAGCUAAACACAAUAUCUGGUCAGUCUGGUCUACCACACAAAGUCAUCAAACACUGGUUUCGGAACACCCUUUUUAAAGAGCGCCAACGUGACAAGGACUCACCAUAUAAUUUCAACAACCCACCAACCACAGCCCUUGAGGAGUCCAGAGAGGAAGUCGCACAGACAAUGUCUCCAUCUUCCCCCUCACCACCGCCGACAGACAUGUCCCAUCAAACUCACUCAGUUGACAUCCAAAGAAGCAAUACCCACAGGGGCAGGCGCUCUUCUCGAACCCGUUUUACAGAGAAGCAGCUGGAUAUGCUGCAGGGUUUUUUUGAAACAACUCCCUAUCCUAGAGAGGAGGAAUAUGACCGGCUAUCAGCCCUAUUGUCUCUUCCAAACAGAGUCAUUGUGGUAUGGUUCCAAAACGCUAGGCAAAGAGCCCGCAAGAGCCAGGACAGAAUGGCCGAUGACGGAAUUGAGGGGACAAGCCAGCUUGACUCUAUCAGAAAGAGAGACGGAUACUACAAGAAUGAUGAUAUGGAGGGUAACGGCAAUGGGGAUGAAGGGCAAGGUGACACUCACAAUGAAAAUUCCAUGGAUCUGACAUAUGAGUACUAUACCCAUCCAGACUCCCCUUCCCCUGAUUCCUCUACUAUUUAUACAGAAAGCGAGAAUUCGCUGGGCACUGAAGAAUUAACAACUACUGUCAAGAAACUAGAAAAUAAAACAGCCACACCUCAAAUGAGCAAAAAUGUUAAAAGGGAAAGUACAGGUAUACACCCCGAGAGCAACGAAAUAGUGCAGGCAGUGAAAAGUGUGUCCUACCCAGAAGCUGAGAAUCUGAUCGAACCUCAGCGAGAGAGUUCAGCAGAAAAACCCCAACCUCGUGCUUCUGCCCUUCCAGAAACCACGGAACAGAACGGCCCACCAACGCCUCAUGCAAUCCAGGAACCCAUCGAGAGUUCAUCCCCAAAUAAAAGUGUCAAAAAACCUUCAGGGACAUCACCGAGGUUCCCUUCAUCUCCAGAGUCUGACAAUAACCACACUCGCCAGCCUGAUGCCUCCUCCUGUCUAUCCGCUGAGACUCAGUCGCUAAACCAACUCCCAGUCCCAAACCUGUUUCAGUGCAAUCUAUGCCCAAUGUCACUGCCAUCAUUGCAGAUAUGGCAGGAACAUCAGACAAGGCACCUCCUUGCGGCUCAGUCGCAGGUCCAACUCCUUCAUUCUGGCUUCACGGAAAGAACCUUGCCAUACAUGAUGCUCCACUCAAACCACUCCCUGAUGGCCAGCCAAAUGCUCUCAGGUGCUAUGACACCGUUGCACCCUAAUCCCACAAGUCCCAUGGCUUCACACAUAAAUAGCACACAAGUUAAGAACUCACUCGCUGACCUGUCUCAGAGUUCCUUGAAGCAGAACACAAAGCUAAUGUCCGAGGGCAGUUUUGAUGUUCAAAGGUAUAGCAGAGAGGCUGAGGAAGAGCACAGAAGGGACAAGCGCCAGAGAACCACGAUCACCCCAGAACAGCUUGAAGUGUUGUAUCAGCGUUAUAGCCUAGACUCCAACCCCACCAGAGGAGUCCUGGAGGGCAUUGCACAGGAUGUGGGUCUCACAAGAAGAGUAGUUCAGGUCUGGUUUCAAAACACACGGGCGAGAGAGAGAAAAGGGCAGUUCAGGUCAAUGGGGCCGGGUUCAAGUUUCAGCAUGGGCUUGAACCACCUCCGCUGUCCAUUUUGCAGGGCUCUGUUUAAGGUGAAGAGUGCUCUGGAUGCCCACAUGAGAUCACGUCACUGGGUAGAGGCUGAAAGAGCAGGCUACAACUUAUCAAUGAAUAAUGGAUCCAGCGGGCCCAACGAGAUGGCUAUGUCUUCCGUCAUGGACAAACCAGGCCCAUCUAUCUCCUGUAACGUCGUCCUAAACACUGGCAUUGCAACUAGCAACCACAACGAGCGAACAAUGAAGCCACCUCUUGCAUUUCUGUCCACAACCAAUGAUCUGACCAACCCAGGGGAGUAUGAUGACUUCGAGGAAGAUGAUGAGGAGUUUCAAUGUGAAGAGGGUUCAGGUUUGGCUGACCAGGGAUCUCAGAGUCCAGAGGGAUCAGGGGGUCCAAGCUCGGACUGGGGUGAGACUCUGCAGCAACACCACCAUCAGCAGCAACGCCAAAGGACACAGAUGAGCCAUUUCCAGGUACUCCAUCUUAGAGACUUCUACAAGAGCCACCGUACACCAAAUCGACAUGAGUGUGAGGCACUCGGCCGGGAAUUGGGCCUACCUCACCGUGUUGUGCAGGUAUGGUUCCAGAAUGCCAGAGCCAAGGAGAAGAGGGCAAGAACCUUGAGCUCGGACUCUGCAGAAAGAGAGCAAGCGGAGCUGACAGCAGCGGCGGGGGAGAGAGACCGGGCUUAAAGAGGGUCCCUUUACGUUAUUCUACUUUGCCCUUAAACCUCCUGUCUACUGUCAACCUCUUACACAAAACUUCACAUUGCUGCCAAACCUGAUUCCUGAGCACCCCAAAGAUGCAGAGCCACUGUGGCCCAAAGAGAACCCUUUUCAGCUGAAAGUAAGCCCAAACCAAGCGCUUUCUACGCCAACUUUUUCUCUUUUUUUUUUUGCGCGCAGUUCCGUCUUUCCUUGUUGCUCCAAGUCGUGUUGUGUCAAGACACCUUUCUACAACCAAAUUCUGACUUGGAAAAGAACAACCAACCAUGCCACAUAGGCCAAAGAGCAUUUUCCAAGUAUGUGACCUCACUGCCUGGCUAGACCUGCAGUCUACCUCUCACGUCACAAUGACAGACUUGAUGUGGGCCCGGUCAACCAGACAGUAGGACUAGCAGUGUAGCAUUUAGUGCUGGUCUUCUAAAGGCUAAAACAGGAACCGUCAAAGGAAUUUUAAUGUAAAUAGAGUAUUCCAAAAGAUAGACUUGAAGAAGAAAAAAAAAAAAGAACGCAGUUAAGGAUGGAAGAUGGGGAGGAAACCAAGUAAUAUCCUGAAAUAGAUGGUGGUAUUUCCGUUGAGCUUUUGUAAAGACUGACUCAGAUUCCAGAGCUCGUAACCAAAAUUUUUCACGUCUGUGGUUUUCAUCGUGUUUUCGGUAAAACACUUCAGAGCCGACGUCUGUACGGUGAAGGCCGAGCGCUGCGCCGGGUCCAGGAGAAGAACAGACCAAAUGGACCGACGCCGUUGCCCGUAGGCAGCGCCGCCCGCCGCAAGCCAAUGAUGACUCUUCUGUCGUUCGUGGACACCUUCUACGUUCCUUUUGUGGAUAAUAACCCAAAUAGCACAGAACAGAAAGGCCAGUUUGCCCCGAAAAGGGACAAACUAUUUUUAUAGCACUCAACCAUAAUACUGUACUGUAUAUGAUAACUUUAACCAAACUCUAAUUUACAUUGUGUGUGUGUGUCUAGUCAAUAGUUUCUUAAUAUAAAUCUUAUAAAUUUGAGAUCAAGCGGUAUACUAGUGUGAUGAUGAUGAGAAGAUCGUGACCGCUUUGAUAUGUUCAGGUCAGGAUUCAAACUGCCUUUCUGUUCUUGGAAUAUACCAAUGGCUUACCGAUGUUCGACAAAUAUAAAAAGCUUUCUCCGCUCAGGUCAGCAGCUCAUUGCGGCUCCUCCUCCUCCUCCAAUGUGAACCAGACAU